AUGCCAGGCUCAAUACCUAGCAUGGCUGUGCAGAAGAAACAGAGUGGCAUCCCUCCAUCGCAGGGACCACUGUCUACACGUACCAUCGAGCGCCAGGGGAAGGGGAACGGACUUGAGAGAACAGGAGUGGCUAAUGGACCUAAUGUCGACGAGAGGCUGAAGGCAGCGCGAGAAAGAAGAGAGGAGCGGGAGAAGUUAGUCGCCUCCCGGGAGCUGAGCAGGUUGGAGCGGGAGCAGCGGGCCCGGCAAUUCCAUCAACAGCAAGUGGAGGAGCGCAAGAAAAAGAUCCUGGAGCAGAGGCACAGAGAGGACAGGAGGCGCUCGGCUGUGGAGGAGAAGCGCAAGCAGAGGCUGCAGGAGGAGAAAGAGCGAUAUGAAUCUGCAGUGCGCAAGACGCUGGAAAAGAGCCAGAGGGCCCAACACAAUAUCAGUCCAAACACAAGGGGGAGGAAGAUAACCAAGAUCAACGUUCCACGCCGCUUACCCCUGACACCAUGGGAGAAGAACUUGGUCAGUCGCCUCCUUACUCCCACUUGCUCUUAUCUGGCCAGGAGCAAGAGUGCUGGUUGUCAGUCAGGAGAAGAAGUUGUCCAUGUUUGUCGCCGUGCAGUUUCAUUCCACUCCAUGAACACCACCACCAACUCCUCCACUCCUCACAAACCCCAGCAACACUCUGGUUCAGUCCAACAGAGGCCAUCUGCCUCCCCAAGUCCCAACAACAGAAGCCUCCAUCUGGCACAGAUUAAAACACCAAAACAGCAAGACUCCAUUAAGACGCCAGAGAGUAAGAAGAACUCAAGCAGGGGCUCAAACAUCAGAUCCGUCAACACCAGUGUGAAACCAGCCACAGUGACACAGAGCAGAAAAAACUCACCCUCACCAGAUCGGAGUCCUCGAAGAUCAGUCAGCAGACAUUCAACCCCGCUGCAGCUCGAGCUCACAACGGUCCCCGAGGAGGCUGUUUGUCACUCUGCCCUCGCUCCUGGUAACUCAAGGCCUGUCAGGACAUCAUCUGGAGGUCGGACAGAGAAAACGAGGAGUGAAACACCAGAGCCAGUGACUCCCCGUCUGAACGUGCCCAACAAAGCUCCUACAACCGCACCAGUGAGAGAUAAAAGUCCUUCCCAUAGACCUCCUGAACCAUCCACCCAGACUUCUGAAGUCGUGAGCAGGACCUUGGCUGGAACCACAGACCAAGAGGCCGCCUCACGUCUCCUGGCUGAAAAGAGGAGAGAGGCCAGACUACAGCGGGAGAGAGAUGAGCAGGAGCGUCUGCAGAGAGAGGAGGCAGAAAGGCGCAGUCGUGAAGAAGCGGAGCACAGGAGGGCAGAGGAGCGAGCACAACAGCAGGCCGAAGAUCAGCGUCUAAUGGAGGAGAAGAGGAGGAGGGAGGAGGAAGAGCAGCGACGAGCCGAGGAAGAGAGAGCUCAGGCCAAGAGGGAAGUCGCCCUCCUGCAGAAACAGAGAGAGGAGGAGGAAGCCAGGGAGAGGGCGAAGGCGGAGAAGCUGAAACAAGAGCGACAGAUGCUCGCACAAAAGGAAGAGGUCGACCGUCAAGAAAGAAAAAAGCGACUAGAGGAGAUCAUGCGGAGGACCAGAAGGACCGAUUCUCCAGAUACGAAGUCCUCACCAGUCCGGCUCUUACCAAACGCACCCAAACCAAAGGAAAACACAGAGCCUGUGCACAAUGGCACCAUGGAACAUGUCGUCAAGUUGCCAGUGGGCACCAGGUCCGCACCGCUGGGGCUAAACAAUGAGGAGGAGGGGGUACCUGUUGUUGCCUUCAAAGAACGAAGGUCUCUCCGAACGCUCACCGGCCUGGAGGAAAUCCAGACCCACCAGCGAGCAGAGGUCAUCUGA